AUGACAUCACUAACAUCCUCUAUACAAAAGCAUUGUAAAGGUUAUAUUUCUAAGGCUCGUCUCCGGCGGUUGCAUGGCAUUUGGUUCAUCGGCACGCUUUUCCUGAUCCUUUGGUUAUUUUACGCUGGUGAUUCAAACCAGAUCUCUUUUGAACCCUCCGUACUUUCGAAAAACGAAAUUCAAGAAAUAUUUGUUCGAACCACAGGGCCUCGCGUCGUCAUCUUCGUUAUGAGUAAUAAAAUUGAUAAUACCCUUUGUUAUUCAGUGGGCUCAGCCUACCUAAGCGGGUUUCCCAUUGUAGUAGCUGGCUACCAAAUGGAAUACAAAGGGUUUCUAUCCAAGUUCGACUUCGCGGAAAGUGCCAUGAAGAAUGCGCAACUGAAUCCGGAAGAUAUCGUCAUUUUAAUGGAUUCCGACACGGUUUUUACGGGUGUGGACAUUCACCCAUUCCUCGAUCAUUUCAUCGCACAGUCCGCCAUGGCGCCGGAGGAGCUGGACGCGCUGGCUGUGCGACAGGGCCGUGCGAUGGCACCGAUCGUAGUUAGCGCUGAGGCUGGCUGUUGGACACCGAAUUUAUACGUUGACAAUGAGAAUUGUGCAAUUGGGUAUGAAGCUAUUCAUAAAAAGGUUCGUGCGUACGCAGCCGCACACCCAGAGCAUAAGCUCCCCUCGUUUUUUGACUUAUCAUCGCAACGGUAUAUCAACGCUGGCGUUGUGAUUGCGCGCGUGUGGGCGUACAGGGAGUUAGUGCAGAAGGCUGAUAAUUUAACCAAAACACAACCUGCAAAACAUAAGCCCGAAAAAGGAUGGCACUGUGAUCAGUCUAUUUUCGCAGCGCUGUACCUGGAUCUCUUAACCUGGGAAGUCGAACGGAAUAUUUUUUCGAUGCAAUUGCAUGAGCGCCAGGCGGCGAGGUCAACUUACGGUGUGCGUGCAGGUUUCAUUGGUUUAGAUUAUGCCAAUGAGCUUUCAGCUCCUCGCACGAAUAUGUAUAUGCACCUAACUGAACUGCAGGAUAAAUACUGGGUGAAAUAUUUGCCACAGGAUGAAAUUGGGCAAACACACUCAGAAAUGAUAAACGAUAUCAAUGUAGCAAUUCGGUUUGUGAGUGAUCUUUACAAGCGAGCAUACGCUGCACACGGUGAGGAGAUUUACACGAGGCUUGCCGUACCCAAGUGGGUGAACGGGAAAAGGACCUCUGGGAAGACCUUCAUCAGCCUCACGCCACCUCUUCUGGCAACCGAGCUUAGGUCCAUAGAUGUAAGUAACAACAACGUGCGUCGUACGUUCCCAGUGAUUUAUCAUGCGGCAGGUACUGAGGCAGGCUACACGAAGGUGGGUAAGUUGGAGCAUGGCGCUGUGGGUGCGCCGUGGCUUGUGCCGAUGGUGCACAACCCCAAAAUAGAAAAGCAAAGCAUGGAAUACCUGGUAUCCAUACCGUUGUUUCUAUCGACACAUAACUUUAUUAUUCGAGAUUGUUUCUAUACCAAAUGCGGCUUCCCAUUUAAAAGAACUAUUGAAAAAGCACAAAGUGCCUGA